AUCGCAGAGUGCGCGGGCGCGUUGCCGUGGUGAAGAAGGACCAUUUGCUUAAGUACACUAGAGACUGUGAGACGAUACGUGGCCAAGCUUAGUUUUCGCGAGAAAAUAAGCCCACACACACACAAACGCACACACGUUAACGACGGCAAACAUUCCGUAUCAGUGGAGCAAUCACCAAUGGCGGGCCUCAAUAUCGGCAUACCGACCGACGCGACGCGGCGGCAUCCGCUCAAUACUGCUCAAUAGUUCUGUAUUAAUAUCCGUCUUAAUUACUACCCAGCAAUAUACAUUUGUAAACACUGCAAUAGCUUGAUUGAAUCAUUUAAUGACGCAGGCAAUCAUCAAUAUUUUCGUGAAAAGGAACUUAUUUAUCAAGAUGAAGAAGACAACACAAUCUUAUUUGUUCAUAAUUACGAGAAUGAAAAUAAAGAAAACCAUGAAAAGCAAGUGUUUAACAACGAAGAGCCUGAACUUCAUAAUUCUUCAUUAUCAGAUGCUGUGUGGACAAAGCAAGACACGAUGGCAAUGCUUAGCUUAUACGAAGCAAAUAUACAAAGGCUUAUGGAUAUCGGCAAGAAAUCAAGGGUGUGGAAGAAAAUAUCUAAAGAUGAAAAAAAGAAAGCUUGAUAUAACUGGAUCAAAGAACAUUAGUAAAAGUAAAAAAUUAAAAAUAGAUGCUACAUCCACCGAAAAGAAUCUACCACCAGUUGAUGAGUCUCCAAUACUCAAAACAACUCUGGUUGCAGACGUUAAAAAACUGCAAGAAACCAACAAUGCAUUCAAAGUAUGGAAAUUUUAGAAAAAAAUCAAGAAAACCAGAAGGCUAGAGAUGAAAAAAUGACUAAAUGUUUAAAAAUAAAAGAGAAAGAAAUGGAUUUAAAGAAAAGAGCUAUUGAUGUUCGUGAAACUGAAAUGCAAAUUAAAAGAGAUGUUGCAUUUGAUAAACUAAAGUGUAAUGAAAAGAAGCACAAAGACUGGUUAAAUAUAGAAAAAUUUAAAUGUGAGCUUCUAAAAAAAGUAUUAAAAAUCGUACUGACAGCGAAGAGUCUGAUUAAACUAAAAAGUUAAUGUUUAAGAGUUUAUUGUACCUAAAAAGUUUAUUUCAACAUGUCAAAAACAAAUAAAAUAAC